ACCUCGAUCCGGAUCCCUCGGCUCAGGCAAACCAGAUGUCUCUGCAGUUUCACCGUUGCAGAUCUCUUUCUCUCUCUCUCUCACUGGUAUACUCUCUCUCAUACACUUGUAUAUGUGUAUCUUCCUCAUGACAAGCAAUGAUUAACAAUGGCUUCUAAACUAUCCCAAACACUCUUCACAUGGCUCAUCUUCCCAACAUUCCUUCUCAUCUUCCUCUACUCUACCCUCCUCCCUCUCUACCCACUUUCUUCAACCAAACCCCAAUCUUCACCACCCACAUGCGAUCUCUUCAAUGGCAAUUGGGUAAUAGACCCCAAUCGAAAACCCAUUUACGAUGACACCUGCCCAUUCCACAGAAACGCUUGGAACUGCUUGAGGAACAAGAGAGAGAACAUGGGUCGGAUCAAUUCGUGGAAAUGGGUCCCUGAACAGUGCGAAUUGCCACGGAUCGAUCCAUUAAGGUUUCUGGGUUUGAUGAGGAAUAAGAGAAUUGGGUUUGUUGGGGAUUCGUUGAAUGAGAAUUUCUUGGUUUCUUUCCUUUGUGUUCUUAGGGUUGCUGAUUUGGGUGCGAAGAAGUGGAAGAGAAAAGGGGCUUGGAGGGGUGCUUACUUUCCCCAAUUCAAUGUUACUGUGGCUUAUCAUCGAGCUGUGUUGCUUGCCAAACAUGAGUGGCAACCAAAACGGUCGGCAGUCUCUAAUGAUGAUGGUUUGAAGGGAAUAUAUCGAGUAGAUGUUGAUAUUCCGGCAGAUGCCUGGGCUGACAUCACCAACUUCUACGAUGCCCUUAUUUUUAAUACUGGCCAUUGGUGGGGCUAUGAUAAGUUCCCAAAAGAGACACCUCUUGUUUUCUAUAAGGCUGGGCAACCAAUAGUUCCGCCCCUGCAGAUGCUGGAUGGACUUAGAGUUGUCCUUGAGAGUAUGGUUUCUCACAUACAAAAAGAAUUCCCAAGAAAGACGCUCAAGUUCUGGCGAUUGCAAUCACCAAGACAUUUUUAUGGUGGCGACUGGAAUCAAAAUGGUAGUUGCUUGUUCAAUGAGCCCUUUGAGAAACUACAGCUUGACUUGUGGUUUGAUCCGAGCAACAAUGGAGUGAACAAAGAAGCAAGACAACUGAACCGUCUAAUUGAAGAUGCUUUACGGGCCACUGAUAUUCAGUUACUUGAUCUGACUCGUUUGAGUGAGUUCAGAGCUGAUGCCCAUCCAGCCAUUUGGUUGGGAAAGCAGGAUGCAGUGGCAAUCUGGGGUCAGGACUGCAUGCACUGGUGCCUACCCGGUGUUCCAGACACGUGGGUUGAUAUCCUGUCACAACUGAUUCAUCGUAGCAUGUAAACAGGGUAAUGACUUCAAAAACAAAAUUUGAUUUGAGAAUACCCUUUCAUGAAUUUGUGCAGAACUGGAAAUGGAAAUGGAAAAGCUUGAGCAGAUUUUGCCGAUGGACAUAGUAGAGCAAGAAGUGAGGACUUGGUUCGUGCGCUGUAUGAGCACAGUCAAGUUUGUCUAAAGAUUUGAAUACCACUUUCUUUUGGUUGCGUUGGGAGUUUGAUUUAGUGAAAAUUUGGUGAUCACCGUAGUAAUUAUCUUUGUUCUUUCAUGCCCAACCCCCCCCCUCUCUCUCUCUCUCUCUCUCUAAGGAUGUAUAAAAAGUUGGGUGGCUGGCAGGUUAGUUGAUACAGAAAUGACAUGGAGGGUUGAACUGUGGAAAACAAUCAUUAAAUUGUUAUUAUUAUUUUUUUAAAGAAAUUGUUGCAUCUUUUUCCUUUUGGGUUU